CUAAAGUCUAGAACAGAAACCAUGACACCCGUCACUUGGACUGAAAGGCUCAACAAAUUGCACAUGCCGUUAAGUAUCUUGGCCAGAAGUUUCCCCAAAUAGCAUUUAAUGUAGUGGCCCAUGACAUUCCCAUUGGUCAGCUCCAUAGAAGCCAACACUUUCACCCCGAAGACGCCCAGCUUGGAUGCGAUGAAAGAUGAUCAUGUUAUGUCAUUGGACCAGGGUUCUCGAAAGACGGCAAGCUCGGAUACUUAGGCUAUACGCCGCAAAAAUCAGCCAAUCCAACGAGACUCGGCCUAGAUUUGCAGCGCUCUCUCUCAAAUUAGUCUUGAACGAUUUCGUCGUAUCUCUGCUCUGAUGGCCAAUGUGUGCUGUGUUCCCAUUGCAAAGCGACUUUGUAUUAGCUUAGUCAUCGUCUCCAAAUGAUGUACACGGCUCUUCUCACCCGCGCGGCGCGAGGGGGGGAGGCUUGAGAGCAUGAUCAACCCCGCGCGAGCCGGCGACAGCCAAGCGCAUCUCCUCACUUACAUCACACGCGAAAGGUAUCCGGUUUUGUGCCAGGCCAUCCUGUUUUCCGUGAAACAUCAUGUCUGAACGCCAAUCCUGCCGCGCCAUGGAGACGGUUCUCGCCAUCCCGGAGCUCCUGGAGGCCGUCUUGGUCCAAGUCGACAUGAGGACGCUACUGGUCUCGGCGCCCCGUGUGAGCAGGGCGUGGCAGGCAUUCCUGGACGAGUCACCGGCCCUUCAACAAGCCCUCUUCUUCAAGCCUGUGUCUGAUGUGUGUACUGCAGCAAUCCACGGGCUCGAAGGAACCCAUUUCCCGGACGUCCCAAAUGGACCCGCCUUGCCAACUUACAGAGACGUCCGGCUCAUCAACCCUCUUCUCGCAGAGAAAUUUGACAAGUGCUUCUUCGACUUCGGUCCCACAUACUCGUGUCACCGGCGUGCAAACUCCUUCUACGAGCUCCCCUGGUCAACGCACCCGAAACCGGUCCAGACAGUCCAGGAGAACUGGGGCGGCUGGACCCAAGUCAGACCGCCUGAGCUCGACGAGGCGUCGACACGGGCCCUUGUGGAAUCCCGAAGACGAUUCACCCGUCGUGGUGCAAGCUGGCGGCGGAUGCUCGUCUCACAGCCGCCGCCUCCGUCACUAGGGUACAUGUGCUUCGACAUCCGAAGCCUGGCGGCGGAAGACCAACGUGUCUCCAGCUCCCUGAUCCAGCCAGGCUUAUUGACGCCGAACACGGGUCUCCGGAUGGGAGAGCUGUACGACGUCGUCCAGCACGGCGCCGGGCACCACGGGCGUCACUCGUUCUGGUUCAGGGUCCUCUGGGGCCGGCCGACAGGGCAAUUUGCGUUCACGCACGUACGGGACACGUUUGAGCGGCUGAUGGCGCGGACGAGCGUUGUCGUGGAGUUCAUGCACGCUGACGACUAUUCUCUCCCGAACCACCCAAAGGAUCCGCCGGACGUCGGUGUGUUUGAUGCGGCGUUCCGGUGUGAGGAAAGUCGGGAGGUAAGGAUCGAGACCGAGGAAACGGGGGCGGAGGACGCCGAGUUCCCUGACUUCCACCCGGCGUAUGUGAUAUGGCACUGGGCAUUGACGGAUAGCGAGAGGGCGGCUUGAGUAAUCGUUUCGAUUCAGAGGCGUCGCCAGCAGAAAUCCCCCAGCUCUUGUUUUGACAACUAUUCUGUGCUCCACAUGCUAUUCUAGCUUGCCAACUGGGUAUCUCUUUGGGGGUGUUGUUACCUCAAAUUUUUCAAUUUUUCAAUUUGUUUUUUUC